AUGGAGACUCCAAUGGCUCUACAGCAGCAGAAGGUGCAGCAACAGACGGCACAGAAGCAGCAGCAGCACCAGCAGCACCAGCAGCAGCACAAGCAGCAGCAGCAGCAACAGCAACAGCAACAAAACAAAUGGCAAGGCAGCACCUCCUGCUCACUGCAGCAGCAGCAGCAGCAGCAACAGCAGCAGCAGCAACAGCAGCAGCAGCAGCAGCAGCAGCAGCACGAUGACUCAGCUAACGAUGGAGACUCCAAUGGCUCUACAGCAGCAGAAGGUGCAGCAACAGACGGCACAGAAGCAGCAGCAGCAGCAGCAGCAGCAGCAGCAGCACCAGCAGCAGCACCAGCAGCAGCAACAGCAACAACAGCAGCAGCAGCAGCAUCUGAGCUGCCGUGGGAUGCACGCAUCGUCGAAUGCUGCUGCCGAUCAGACCGUGGCAGCAGCAGCAGCAGCAGCAGCAGCAGCAGUAACAGCAGCAGCAGCAGCAACAGCAGCAGCAGCAGCAGCAGCAGGAAGAGGACGUGCUGCUGCUGUCUGCUGCAGGGGGAUUGCUUCGGUUACGUUGAUUUGCUGCAGCGCCAGUACAGCAUUAAACUAAACAGGCUGAGGUGGCUGCUGCUGUCGCCUCAACCAGCAGCAGCAGCAGCAGCAUCAGCAGAAGCAGCAGCAGCAGGGCCAGCAGCAGCAGCAGCAGCAGCAGGGCCAGCAGCAGCAGCAGCAGCAGCAGCAGCAGCAGGGCCAGCAGCAGCAGCAGAAGCAGCAGGGGUAGUAGAUGGCACAGCUGCGCCUGAGAGUGAGCAACAGAAGCAGCAACAAUCAUUAGAGCAGCAGCAGCAGCAGCAACAGCAGGGCCAGCAGCAGCAGCAGCAGCAACAGCAGCAGCAGCAGCAGCAGCAGCAAGUGCAGCAACUGCUGCAUUCUAUAUCUAGCAGCAGCAGCAUAUUUUCUUCUUUUGGGGUUUCAUCUGAGGGGCCGUUAGUAAACGCCGAGGCGGACAGCAUUAAACUAAACAGGCUGAGGUGGCUGCUGCUGUCGCCUCAACCAGCAGCAGCAGCAGCAGCAGCAGCAGCAGAAGCAGCAGCAGCAGGGCCAGCAGCAGAAGCAGCAGCAGCAGAAGCAGCAGCAGCAGAAGCAGCAGCAGGGCCAGCAGCAGCAGCAGAAGCAGCAGGGGUAGUAGAUGGCACAGCUGCGCCGGAGAGUGAGCAACAGAAGCAGCAACAAUCACUAGAGCAGCAGCAGCAGCAGCAGCAGCAGCAACAGCAGCAGCAGCAGCAGCAGCAGCAGCAGCAGCAGCAAGUGCAGCAGCUGCUGCAUUCUAUAUCUAGCAGCAGCAGCAUAUUUUCUUCUGUUGGGGUUUCAUCUGAGGGGCCGUUAGUAAACGCCGAGGCGGUGCUGCUGCCAUCAGCAGCAGCAGCAGCAGCAGCAACAGCAGCAGCAGCAGGCAACAGCAGCAGCAGCAGCAGCAGCAACUGCUGCAGCAGCAGAGACUGGCAGUUCUUCCGCUGCAGCUGCUGCGAACGCGGGGCGCCCUCGUUUGUUCAGCGGCAGUCGCUGCAGCAGGCCCAGGCGGAGAAGCAACAGCAGCAGCAGCAGCAGCAGCAGCAGCAGCAGCAGCAGCAACAGCAGCAGCAGCAGCGACUCAUCGUCGGACUCUGA